CUUUGUUGUGCUUUGGAACAUGACAGAAAGUACGCGGCUGUGAUCUUUUACCUCACUCCGCAUCGACAUCGAGACCUCUCCGCCAGAACCACCAUGUUCGAACUCGUGGUCCACCUUUCGAGAGGGUUUAAGUGACGAAACCGUGAUUUGACCGGAGACACCUGUUGCACCAGUUCGGAGUCUCAGGUGAAACGGCAGGAAGCCGUCGAAACUCGGACUCUGUUUUCAUUUUAGCAAACAUUUUUAAGUAUUGAGCGACGAUGAAAGUGACGGUGACAUUCGGUGACACCGCGGUGGUGGUUCCGUGUAAACCUGGAUGGACUGUUCGGGAUUUAAUGGACCAAGCCACUCGACGGUACCGAAGGAUACUCGAACAGCAUGGAUCGAGUGCAGUUCGGACGCAUCAUUUGGAAUACAAUGAAGGAGGAAUCCUGGACAUAGAUGACCUGCUGUCUGAUUUGGUGGAAGACAGAGAUAAGCUGAUGGCGGUGUUUGAGGAAGUCCAGCGAGAGGGCACUGACAGUCCCAGGGAGUACGCAUCCAAUGGGGAUUCGAGCGCAGCCCCCAGCCCUGAGCCCCUCCACUACUACUCUCACCUGCAGCUACAGGAGUCCAACAGAGGGGAGAUAGAAGUCAAUGAGGCUGUCCUCAAAGCUAACACACCUCUGCUAGUGAGGAGCAGCAGUGACUCGGCUCUGGCUCCAAAGUUUGAGACUCAACAUUCUCCUCAUCACCAACGUAAUGGAACUCAUGAUAUAGAAGUCAACAAUGUGCUGAAAGCAGCUCUGGAACGCACCGUCGAGCUCGCGCCCAAAAGCAAAAUGGACCAGGUCAACUUCAGCUCCUUGACAAAGACGGUGAACAUUGCUGGUGACCGAGGUCCUCUGGGCAUUCAUGUGGUUCCCUACUGCUCCUCGCUCAGUGGACGGACAUUGGGCCUUCACAUUAAGGGCAUUGAGGAGAGGAGUCGCUCCAAAAGAGAGAACAUUUUCCAGGUGGAUGAGUGCAUCGUCAAAAUCAAUGAUACUGCGCUCCAGGACAAAACCUUCGCACAGUCACAGGAGGUGUUCCGCCAGGCCAUGUCCUCAUCUGUGGUGAAUCUGGAAGUCCUCCCUGUCGCCAACAAGCCGCGCUAUGAAAAAAGCCUGAUUGGUCAGCUUUUCAGUGCGGAUGGUAAAGAGCUGAAAGCCAAGAGUCCUAUGUUGAAUCGUGCUAAAGCUGACUUUCAGCUGGAGCCGAAAAUGGAAAUGAAAAAAGCUGAAUCACGGCCUAAAACUCCAGAUGCUUCCCCACCGCCAGUAGAGCAUCAACCUGCUCAUCAACGUCAAGAACGAAUCUCUCCGACUCCUCCUGCCCGAGCAGCAAGCUCGUCCCCCUCUCCAAGGAAUCGAAGCGAAAGCCCUCAGAACCGCAAGAGUCCGGUUUUGCCAACUUUGGCAAACAUUGCAAACAGAAAGGGCGGCAAGAGGAUUAAGAUUGACCUGAAGAAAGGAGCCGAGGGUCUGGGAUUCACCGUGGUAACACGAGACUCCUCGGUGCAUGGACCAGGACCCAUCUUGGUGAAGAAUAUUCUCCAGCGUGGAGCAGCUGUUAAAGAUGGACGCUUGCAGCCCGGUGACCGAAUCCUUGAGGUGAACGGAGUGGACAUGACCAAUCGCAGCCAGGAGGAGCUGGUGGCCAUGCUACGCAGCACCAAACAGGGGGAGAGUGUGUCUGUGGUGGUUGCCCGACAGGAGGAUAUCUUCCUGCCUAGAGAGCUGAAGGGAGAGGAAACUGGCAGUGCCCUGAUGGAGGAUGGCAGGGAGCAGCUCAUGUACGAGAUUCCGCUUAAUGAAACUGGAUCAGCAGGUCUUGGUGUCAGUCUCAAGGGCAACAAGUCCAGAGAGACGGGAGAGGACCUGGGCAUCUUUAUCAAGUCCAUCAUCCACGGAGGGGCUGCAUAUAAGGACGGGCGCUUGAGUGUGAACGACCAGCUAAUUGCUGUGAAUGGCGAGUCACUUCUUAGGAGGUCUAACCAUGCUGCCAUGGAGACACUGAGAAGAUCCAUGUCAUCAGAAGGAAAUGCCCGGGGAACCAUCCAGCUUGUCGUUCUGAGAGCUCCCCGACAGCCGAUGGGAGGUACAAACCCUACGACAACUUAUCAACCCAACUCCACCAGCAGCCAGCAGCCAAAGAUCCAAAUGGUCUCCAACAAUCAGUCACAGGAUAACCAGAUCCAUGAUGAGUACCAGGGAGCUCAACGACCCACAAACCUGUUCCCCACACUCAAUGGUGCAGGUUACGGUGACAUAACCAGCAACACAAACUCUAGAAGUGCUCUGUAUCCUGUCGCCUCCACCAACGGCAGCCAUGGUCACUACGGCAACGACAUGGAUGAGGAUGAUGAUUUGGAGGAAGGCUUCCCUCCACCACCAUCACCGGGCGCAGUGGAGGAGAUGAAUAGAGAAUUAGCAGUUUCUCCAGCUCACCACAGAGCUCAUCAAAGUCAUGUGGACAUCAACUACACUGGAGGACCAAGGAUCACACCAAGAGACAACAUACCUCGCAAUAGAGCCUCCAAGAGCAUGGACCUAGUGGCUGAUGAGAGCAACAUGGAAUCGCUGGUCGGACACAGCAAUGAUCGCUCUGCUGGUGAGACACUAGGUCCGACUCUGGGCCUGUGGAAGUCAAGCUCCCUAGAGAGCCUCCAAACGGCCAUGUCAGAGGCCCAGCAGAGUCGGGUUCAGACCCAUGUGCCGUUUCACCGGCCGCGCCCGCAUAUGGUCCGUGGCCGAGGAUGUAACCAGAGCUUCCGCAUUGCCAUCGACAAGUCCUACGACGGACCCUCUGAAGACGAUGAUGACAUGUCAGAGCAAAGCUCUGGUCAUGAAACAGCAGCUAGCAGCUCCUCACGCCAGGGUCUUGAUGAAGACAAUGGCCCGAAGAAGAAAGUCAAAGGGAAGAAGAAGGACAAAAAGCUGAAGGGAAAGAAGAAAUCGGACGAUCCUGGAGAAGACCUGGAGAAGAAGACCAAAAAGAAGUUUGGAAUUUUGAGGUUUGGUCGGAAGAAGGAGGACAAGAGCAAAGAGGCAGCAAAGAUGUCAAAGAGUAAGCUGGAAGCUUUAAGUGAAGAGGAGCUCAACAGGAACCCAGACAGCAGAGACGGCUACGACGCACGCUACCCUGAGACCCACUCCGGUUAUCACACCCCAGACAUGGGCUCCUUUCCUGAUGUGGAGGACGAUGACAACGACCCAAAUUACGCCCGCAUCAACAACUUUCGACAGCCACCGUCACCCCAGUCCUACAUGAGCCGCACCCCGUCUCCUGCUCCUCCUGUGAACCAGCAUCUGCCUUCAGCUGAUGAGCUGGAGGGGCUGUACGCCAAAGUCAACAAGCCCAGGCCCCCACCAGCCGACAGUGAUCCGCGUCUCCCGGGGUUACGGCAGAACUACCCGCAGGCUCGGGCUGUUCCUGGCUAUGAGGACCUGGAUGCAGCACGUCGCAGGGUUCUGGACUAUGAUCCUAACAGGAUGGCACCCAGAGCUGCCGAAACCAGACCUGCUCACCUCUAUGAAGAAGUGGACUUUCAGUACCAGCAACAACAACCUAGACGGGACCCCUAUGACUACCCCACCCACUCUCGGCCCCAUCACCGAGUGCCACUUCCUCAACCCUCCGCUCAGCCGCCGGGCCGGCACCACCCUUCGGCCGCCCUCGCACGGCAAGAGGUUCCCGCAUCACCCACCACCAGGGGGCGCCACUACUACGAAGCGGUCGGCGGGGCGAGCAGGGGUGCUAGCCCGGGUCGCUACAAGAGUCCAGAGAGAUACCCGGCAGCCAGGGGGCGCUACGGCAGUCCUGAGCGCUACAGCUACGAGGAGGACCGCCACCCGGACGGGAGGCGAAAAAACCCGCUGAUCAAUGCAGUUUAACGUGGAGUAUCGUCACAUGAUCCAGAAAUAUAUGUUCCGAUUUGAGGAAGAGCAUGUUAUUACUGAAUAAAACGUGUUUGCCAAUUUGUACAUGAACGUCCACAGCUGCAGAAUAAUGACCAUGAAGGAUGUCACACGUGCCGGAAGUGAAACAGGAAGUACAGGUUUUGUUCGUCGGCUUCACUUCCUGCUCUCUUGCUGGAUGAUCCUUUGUUGUCAGAUGUGUUUUCUCACGAAUAUUGUUUGUUGGAUGUUUUGCAAAAACCAUUUAGAGAUUAAUUUAAUGUUUUAUUCUUGGAGUAUUUGCACCGAUUAUCCUUCGCAUUGAGUAUAUAGCCCUAUAUCUGUGUGUUGUUUUGUACAAAUGUUUUGCAUUAAAUAUUUUUGGAAAUUA